UGCUGUUCAUCAGCUGUUCGGGGAUCAUGGACUCGCCGGGUCGAGAUCUUCUGUUCACCAAACUGCGUGAACGUCUCAAUGCAGACAAGAUUAAACUUUGGCUUCCACCUUACACACAAGAUGGGAGCUCGGAGAAAGGAGAAGUACCAGAGAUGCUAAUCAGUCAGUACAGUGAGGAGUUCAAGUUUCCGCAGUUGGAAGUUGCACAAGCGCUGGAAGAGUUGCGGGUCCGUGCCCUGACCCGCCUGGAGGAACGGGCCAAGUUUCAGGCAGAGGGGCUGGCUACUCUCAGAGUGAAGCUCACCUGUCAGCUCCCCACAGAGCGUUCACCGCGCAAGUUGGUGCCUGUAGAAUGUAGUCUGGACAUCCGAGGUUCAGAUCUGAAGGAGUUGAUUGCUGCCAAGUUUGAUGUUCCUCAGUCCCUGCUCAAGCUGAUUUGUCGUGGUCGAGUGAUUGCAGAUGAGAAAACGCUCAGCAAUCAGGGGGUCAAAAACGGCAGUGACCUCAUGGCCAUGUGUAUGACAGUCUCGGAGGCCAACGUGAUCCAGAAGGACUCAGAGUUUGCUCAAGUGAAACGUACACGUCGAGCUGCUGAGCUGUUAUCUAAUAGGGGAGAUGAUGAUGAGCAUUUUGAUGUUCAGAUUGCAGACCAAAAGGGACAGCCGAUAAAUCUGCCCAAAGAUGAAAAGAAAGCCCUAACUGUGGCCAUGACACUGCACGAGAAGGGUCGCUCGGCGCUGAAGGAGAAGAAAGUCACGCUGGCUCUACCCCUGCUGCUGGAGGCUGAUGAAGAGUUCAGCAAGUGCAGGGCUGAGAUCCUCAAAACGGUCGACAACUACGCCAUCUUGUGUCUGGAUGUUGUAUGGUGCUAUUUCCUACUCAAGAACCUGGAGCAACUGCCUGACGCAGAAAGUCGACUCCACAAGAGUGAAGAGUGCUUCAAACUCAGCUAUGGGGAGCAGAUGGAAAGGCUGACGGCCAUCAAGGGUGGCACUGGCACAGAACAAGCACUCUUCAUGCGUCUCUAUCUGCUGCAAGGCAUCGUGGCUUUCCACCAAGGUCAACUCAGUCAGGCUCGCAACCUUCUGGGACGAGCCCAGUUUGUCCUAAGUCUACUUCAUGUGGAUCCAGAUAAACUCAAUGAAGUUAUGUUGAUGGGCUUCACAGAGAGGGAGGCUCGCCUGGGACUCAGGGCCAAGAACGGCAACAUUCAGCAGGCUGUAGACCACAUCAUGAAACAGAAACAGGAAAAAGAAGAGAUCAACCAGAGAGUAAAGAAAGAAUGGAAGCAACGAGUACGGGCCAAGAAACUGGGCAAAACGCGCUCUGGUCAACUGGAGCACUAUGAUACCCUAGUAGCCAUGGAGUUCUCCCGUGGGGCAGCGGCAGAAGCCUUGAAGCAGGCAGACAACAACUUUGAUGCUGCUUUAGAGGUGGUUGCCAUGGGCUUUCCUCUUGAGAUGGCACGACAAGCUCUGGAGAACUCCAACGGCGACCUUCUCCGUACAAUAAAUCUGAUGUUGGAGCGUGCUGGCUCUCUGGCUGCAUCAACCACAGCACACAGUGCAGUCUCCUCUGGGUCGUCAACUUCAAAUUCUUCGUCCACCUCUUCGUCUUCUUCCUGCUCCACAGAGACACCGGAGGAGAAGAAGGAGCGACUGAGGAAAGAGAAGGAGGAGUUGGACUCCCUGGUGCAAGACAUCAAUAGGGACGAGAAUGACCAUCUGGACCUGACCUUGACCGAGGAACGUGAGGCUCUCGGUGUCUACCAGGGUUUGCUGGACAGUGUGGCUGUCUAGACCUAAGCCAAGGGAACAAAUCGAGAAAUCAAUGAAGUCUGAGGGAGCAUAUUAUACUGAUCGGUGUAGGACUCUCUGGUGUAAAGGUAUCAGUUAUAAUUAGAGCUUAGAGUUGAAAGAGAUUAAUAAAGAAAAUAAACUUUUAUGUUUCACGUGUUGGGUGCAGAUCUUUAAUCUUGUGGGCUUUGGCUUGUUUGUUAUGGUACAGUGAAACAUCGUACAUAAUGAAGUCGCGAGGCCAAACAUUCAAUUUCAUUGACUCUUCUUAGUGUUUGAAUAGCAAUGUGUGCUACAAUUUGCGUUGCAGUAUAGGUUCUAGCUUUUAUGGCAGUGCUUGGUUCCACAGCUUAGCCUGCAAUUCAGUACAUAGUUCUUUGAGCCAGCCUAUCAUUGUUCAGUAGCCGGUGGGGGAUAUGAUUGUUUGUGAUGCAUCUGCAUCUCUGCUGACAUUCCACACACAGAAUGCUUGUGUCUACGCCCACCCUACACCCACCUCUCCCUAGACGCACAUAGUUACGGUUGACAUGUGCUGACCCCCAUCUGACCUCUCCUGACUCCGCCACAUGCUAAAACACAAUAUGCCUUGUUUACGAGUGGGUCAGCUUGUGAUUGGUCAUAUAAGAAGGGCACAAUGAGCUGGGUUAAGCAUGUAACGAUCUAUUCAUUGUGCCUGUGUAAUCAAUUGUCCACUGGAAUGGAAUAUAUUAGCCUUGUUCCGGGAGAAAAAUGCAUAAAGCCACAUAUCAGCAAGGACUGUUUGCCCAGCAAAUGGCUUCUUUGAAUCCGAGUUGACUCAUUUAUGUCAGUUGAAUCCUAGUUAUUGUGUUGAUUUUGAUGAAUUAAAAAGAUGGGAAAACCACCACCUUUUG